UAAGCAUCUACGACUGAUUAUAUCUUAGAUACCUAUAAAAUAGGAUGUAUUAGUCGAACUAACUGAUUAAUCGUUGUGUGCGUCCAUAUGACCAACUAUUAGCGUAGAGUUGUAGAGCGAACUUCACUCGAAGGAUGCCCCCUGAGAUAUCGCGAAACCGUCACAAUUCGCAUACUACGCUGUCAUCAUCACCCCUUAAUCAACCAUUCAGGCCAUACUUCUCCGCAUUCUCGCACUCUGGCUCUGCCCUAGUAGUGCGCGACGAUGUAAUUACCACCUAGGUAGUUUUUACGUCCCUCGGACAUUAACACGCUCAUCAUUCUCCGCAUUCUCUCCGACUAGAUACCAAUAAUUUGUAAGCAUCGGGUCCAGGUUCGGAGGCCGAGACAGAAUGAAUGAGAGGCUUGGCAUCAUCUCCAAAUGUCCAUAUAAGAGGAUAUAAUAAUGAAUCAAGCAUUUAAGAGUCAUAUCACCAUUCGUACGCGACUUUUACGAAGCAGCCCAAGAUCCAACAAGCUCUUGACCCAUAGAGAGUUAGCAACCAUGGCGACUUCACACACCAUCCAAAUUACACCAGAGAAUACCGGGCUCUGGAAAAUCAACCAGGACCAGUCUUCGGCGCAAGUAGCUACCGAAUUGUUGCAGCAAGACCUUGAGAAACAUCACGUGUAUUUCAACAAUGAUGGAUACCAUGACCAUAUAAGCCAUCACCUGUUAUCUCUGUAUGGCACGGGUGCUAGGCCUGAGCACCUAAAGAAGGCCUAUGAUGUAAAUGCUUCGUACCAACGACCAACCAUGAAGCUUCACCAGGAUGUCGUCGAAGAACUUCAAAAUUGGGAGACGGCGAAGAAGCGUGUUGGUAAAGAACAAUAUUACCCCGACUUCCUUGCCUUUUUCCAGGGAGAGAUCGACAAGCUGGGCUGGGAAGCAGUAUUGAGUGAAUACUUGUUCGGGGGUGAUGAGAAAAGCGAAGACAUGCUCAUUCGAAUGCUCGCUGGAGCCCUUCAUCCAAUAAUCCAACUCAUGUACGGCGUAGAGUGGAAACAACCGGCUAUAGUUGCCAUGGCUCUAGCGCAAGCAGCCGUCCAUGACGAUGACUUGAGGAAAUUUCUAAUUACUGCCGAGGAUGCUUCUAAAUCAAAACCGGAUUCCAUGCCUACCAUCGCAAGUCUUCUUGAGGAGGUAAAGUCAAAUAAGAAACUUGCUACAUCUGCGAAGUUUGAGGACGGAGAGAAGCUUCGAGAUGGGGUCUUUGCCAGGGCAUGGGACGAAAUUAUCGAGAUAGCGAGUAAGGUGAGAGUCAAGCCAGAAGAGCUAGACGAGAAGACGGCCGAGAUGUACCACACGGCAAUAUAUGAAGGCACUUCUGCCGCAUUCUAUCCCAACAAGGAGCCCAAGUUCGAUUUUUUCCUCAUGCAUCAUAUCAACAUUUGUCCAAUAUUCGUAGCUAUCAACAGCCAAGACUGGAUUCCAACGGAAAGCAAAGUGAGACUUCUUGAAUGGAAGAUACGGAUGGACCUAGUUCAGUACGCAGCGAGAGGUUGCCCCCCACUUUCGUUGGACAACAUCGCCUCAUAUACUCCGAAGGAUAACAAACCAGGUUCAGUAAACGAGCUGGUGCCCCGCAUCCACAACCUCGAGGAGGAUGGACACGCGAUCAAACUAUACCGCGCCGUGGUCUUAGGCCAGACCGUGAGCGAGAAGUACGACGACAAGGACUGGGUUAAGAUCAAAGGUGAUUUGUGGACCAAAGUUAGGCAUCUCGUAGUUGAUUCCGUUGAAGCUAACGGGCCACGCUGGGUUCGCAGCGCGGGAUUUCCGAAGGCGUGGGAGGUUAUUCCAGAUCGAUCAGACAACGCUAAUGGCGUCUCUCAGAAGCUUGAACAGAUUCACUUGUAAAUUAGGAACAGAUGGUCGAUUGGCGUAUUUCUGCUUGUGUUGGUGGUUUAUAAUGGUCAUGAUACUUAACUUAGUCACAGUUUUAUGAGGUGUGUUUAUUAUAAUGGAGGGCGAGAGGUGACAAUAACGAUUCUGAUCACUUUUUAUCGACU